AUGAUGCUGAUAAAUUAUAUAUGGCUGCAAUCAAAAACAAAUGCGGAAUGUACAUCACGCUAUGAUGAAAUAAAGUGCAUAGAAGAAAAAGAGUGUACGGGCUAUAUAGAUCAUAACAUAAUAAGGCAUGGUGAUCCCAUUUCGCAAUAUUGCAGUGAUUUCACAAAGUAUAUUCCAAAUUACAAUAAUUUUUGCCUACCGAUAUACAUAACAUACAAAGUAAAUGACGUUGAGAAUGUGAAUCCUCAAUUUGAACCAGAUGUUUAUUACGAUUAUAGAAAUUGUGUUGAAUUACUGGAUAUAAGUCACAAUAAGUAUGUUGAAAUCCCCACUUUACCACCAGCUAUGAAUAAUUUGACAAUUAUAAAUAUAUCAUGUAAUCUUAUAACCACAGCUAAGCUUAGUUCACUGAAUCGUUUCCCGGUUUUGUCCGACAUGGAUAUUUCUAACAAUUUGAUAACUGAAAUUGAAAUUAAUAAUGAUGAAUUUGCUUUUACUAGUCUAACAAAAAUCAAUAUAUCUCAUAAUAGACUCUGGGAAAUAAGAGAUGCAAAUUUUAAUGCUUUCUCUGAAUUACAAUAUUUAGAUUUGUCACACAAUGAAAUAUCAAUAAUAAAUGCAUUUUCUUUUGAAGGAGUGAAAAAUCUUUUAUAUUUAAAUUUAGCUCAUAACAAAAUAAAAGAAAUAAACUCUUCUCUGUUCAGAUUUACACAACUUAAAUAUUUGUACUUAAAUAACAAUGAAUUAUCAAGCAUAUUAUUAGCUGACUUAAGACAUUUAAACAAAGUCAUCGAAAUAGAUCUAAGCUAUAAUGUUAUUUCGUUAAUAGAAAAAAAUGUCUUCGAUAAUAUGCCUUUCCUAAAAAAUCUUAAUUUCAAGAAAAAUUUAGUAAAUUCAAUGGAUCCACGUAUGUUUUUUAACAUAACUGCUUUGAAAUCUAUUGAUUUGUCAUUGAAUGAGAUUCGUAAGCUACCUAAAUGUAUUUUUAAGGGGAAAAGUAUAUCUUUCUUUGAUAUAAGACAAAAUCUUUUGGAAGGAGAAUUGGUAAAGGGUACUUUUGAAGGAUUAGGUUUUAUUGUUGAACUAGAUAUCAGCCACCAAAGGUUAACAUCUAUUGAAGACUUUGCUUUUGUUGGGCUGGAUAUGUUAGAAGUUCUCAUGCUUAAUAAUAACGAAAUUCAAAAUGUAUCAAAAAGUUCAUUUGAUUCGUUACGGAACUUACGGCGUUUAGAUCUAUCUGAUAACCAAAUUCACGAUUUGAAUUUUGAGGUAAUUAACCUUUUGAAAUUACAAUUUUUAUCCUUAAAAGGUAAUUUGUUAAGAAUUAUAGGAAAAGGACACUUUGAUAGUUUAAAUUUAAUGGAAAUGUUAGAUGUUUCUAACAACAACAUUUCAGAAGUUGAAUCUUUUUCAUUUAAAGACUUAAAUGAGCUUAUAAGUUUUGAUAUAAGUAACAACCCUCUAUCUCAGGCAUUAGAAAACAACACUUUUAAGGGGUUGAUUUCUUUGCCUGCUCUCGAUAUAUCGUGUACGUCACUUACAGUUAUCAAAAAUAACUCAUUUAAUGAAAUGACCAGCCUUCAUACUCUAAAUAUUUCACACAGCACUGUCAAUGAAGUUAGUUUUAAUAGUUUUAUCAAUACCGGCAAUAUAAAUGUUCUUGAUUUAUCGCACAAUUUAUUAAGCGUAUUUAGUAUCAACAAAACAUCUUUGAUUAAUCUGAGAGUGUUAUACCUUGAUCAUAACUUAAUUGAAAUUGUAGCACAAGACUUUGUGGCUAAUUUAACUAUGCUUAGUGAGAUUAACUUAGCCCACAAUAAAAUAGUUUUUUUAUAUGAUGAAACAUUCAGUGAUUUGAAACGCCUUGUUUCAUUAGAUAUAUCAAGUAAUAAAAAUUUGCGAUUCAAUUUUACACUUUUAGAUAAGGUUCCAACCGUACAAAAACUUAACAUGUCAGGAAUUGAAACAGCUCAUAGUUUUAACGAAAAGACACAGCUAACAAUAACUGAUCUGGACUUGUCAAAAUGUAAUAUAAAUAAUGUUACCACCCUUCGAUUAAGAUGUUUACAAGACUUAAAUUCCUUAAGUAUCAAUAACAAUAAAGUGCAAAAAUUAGAAGUUGGAGCCUUCACUAACUUAACAAGAUUAAGAUUUUUAGAUUUGAGCCAUAAUAAUUUAUUUUUUAUACAACCAGGAGUCUUCAAAGACAAUUAUAACUUAAAUGUCCUAAAAAUUUCUCAUAACAAUUUGAAUACAAUCAGUUAUGGUAUCUUCCGUGGUUUAUCUUAUUUAAGUGAACUUGAUUUAUCUUACAACAAGCUGGUAGAGUUGAGAAGUGAGAGAUUUUAUGGAAUUCAAAAUUUGAAUACUCUGAUUGUAGAUUUUAAUAAGAUUUCUAAUAUCGAAAUCGAGGAAUUUCCACUUUAUCUAUCAGUCCUGAGUAUAGGUGGUAAUCUUAUUCAUUGCGACAAUUUAAUGAAACUUAAACAGACAUCAAGUAUGACUGUAACUGCAAUCACUUUAGACGUGAAUAAUAAUGAAAACAUAGAUGGAGUUUCCUGUGUUGGUCAUGAUAAAAAUAAAAGAAACAAUGAAAUGAAUGGCACUGAUAAUAUUCUUAUCGAUAUAAGAGAUAUCCUACUAAAUUUAUCAGUAGAAAAUAGAAAUCUUCCAAAGAGAAUAAAUGAAGAUGAAGAGACACAUAUUAAAUUAGAUACAUUGGAAACAUUGUUGAAUCAAACAAUAAGGACGGCUCUUUACGAAAAUAAUGACCACAAUACCAGUGAGUUGAUACGCGUCGUAAGUCAGUCGUUAAAAAAUAUAACCCACGAGGUCGCACACGAACAAAGCGUUAGUAAUUCUUUGUUAGAGAGAAUAUUGAAAAUGAUCGUUACUUUUAAUACUGUCACUCAAACAACAUCUUUACCAGUACUAAAAUACAAUACUACUAACGAAAGUAUAGCCUACAUUGCUAGACUAAAGCAAGAUUUUGAUAAUGCUCUAACAAUUGAAAAAGAAAAGAUUUUGGCAGAAGUAAGUGAUAAAAUAUUACUUUUAAAUAAAAAAAUUGAUGGUAUACCAACAGUUAAACCAACAGAGAAACUAACUGCAAAACGUGAACUCAAGGCAUAUAAUUCAGGUUCUCUGUUUACAGAAAUCUGCGUUGCUUUAAUACUUAUAAUUUUGUUGUGUUUUACUAUGUUUAAAAUUUAUAAACACAUACUAUCAUCUAGGCAAAGAUCGUAUAGCACGCAACAUAUUACAGACGCCAUUGAAAAUUCGAACUUAUAA